AUGAAGUUUGUGGCUCUUAUAUCGGGCGGCAAGGACUCGUUCUUUAACAUACAACACUGUAUAGCCCAGGGACAUGAGCUAGUAGCCGUAGCUAACUUGUAUCCACAAGAAAAUUUCGAUGAGAUCGAUUCUUUCAUGUUCCAAACGGUGGGACACAACAUAAUAAAUCAUUACGGAGAAUGUUUAGGUGUUCCUGUGUAUCGCCAGGCCAUCCACGGCGGGUCCAAGAACCAGGAGCUUGAAUAUUCUGUCACACAAGACGACGAAAUUGAAGAUUUAUAUUUGCUUUUGCAAAAAGUGUGUGCUCAUCAUGAUAUACAAGGUGUGAGUUGUGGAGCAAUUCUCUCUCUGUACCAACGAACACGAGUGGAAAAUGUGUGCGGGCGACUCGGACUCACAUCUUUGGCAUAUCUCUGGCAAAGAGAUCAAUUGGAACUUAUGACUGAAAUGAGUAAUAGUGGACUCGAUGCUCGGUUGAUCAAAGUUGCAGCAAUUGGUUUAACGGCUCUGGAUCUUGGCAAAUCCAUAACCCAAAUGUUACCAAAGUUAGUCAAGCUCAACCAGAUGUAUGAGGUUCACAUUUGUGGAGAAGGAGGAGAAUUCGAGACAUUGGUGUUCGAUAGUCCUCUUUUCAAACAUAAGCGGCUCGAGAUAGCCACCAAAGAAGUUGUCACCGAUUCAAGAAACGACGUCUCCUACUUGCGACUAGAAGUUAAAGUUGUUCCCAAGGAGCCAGUUCUUCUGGACACCGUUCAGCCGCCGGUUUUAGACGAAAUGUUCUCUUCAUUAGAGCAUUCAAGUCCACAACCACGACAAGAUGAACUACCUAAUUCUGUCAUCCCUACAACCAAAUUGUCGACCAUUGUCAAGCGUGUGAACAACUAUCUCUUCGUCUCGAAUUUGACCCUGAUUGCCGAAGGAGUAGACGAAUGUAUGAACUCGAUCUUUGCUUAUUUACACAAAAUUUUGAAAGAGAACAUGUUGGACGUUGGAAGCAUUCAGCACGUUGAACUUCUCGUAUCGAACAUGAACUCGUUCAAUUCGAUCAACAAGAUAUACUCAGAGGUUUUUUCCAACUACUUUCUUCCUCCAUCUCGAGUUUGUAUUGAAACCACCUUAUCCACUCAAGUAUCAUUGAGUUGUACAGCACUACUUCUGAGACCAAAGCGCCAAGGCAUACACAUUCGUUCCCUCUCAUACUGGGCACCUCACAAUAUCGGUCCAUAUUCACAGUCCAUUGUGGACGAAUCUCAGACAUACAAAAUGGCCAGUAUCUCGGGUCAAAUACCCUUGAUUCCAGCUACCAUGACACUCCCAUCCACCAGUGACAACCUCAAUUCGUAUCUUUGUAUGCAACAUUUUCAUCGUGUGAAAGAAUUGGUGCAAGUGAAAAAAAUUGGAGCAGCAGUAUGUUUCGUCACUAGCCCUACAUUGGCUCAAGUAGCCACGACGAGCUGGAAGCUGUAUAUUGACGAAGUGGAGCACGGACAAGGGCUGCAACUGUUAGUUACAGUUCAAGUCACAGGUUUACCAAGAGCGGCUGAUGUGGAAUUGAGUGGGUUCACCUUUGAAAUCAAGAACCACCACGAAGAAGAUCUGGAGGAUGAAUUCGAUCGGGAGGAAAAAAGAAAGCUGAAAGAAACUGAACCGCCAAAAUUCUCAUUUGAAAAGUACCAUACUCAAGUCAUUGGCGAUAUGACUUCCACAGUAUUUUUCACUAAUGAUGUCAAUCACCUAAAAGCUCUUCCAGGCCAAGUGCAACUUUACACCACUACAGAAUUACCCGUAGCUUGUGAUGCUCAGAUCAUCCCAGUUAGCAACGUAUGGGACACCACCGGCACCAAAUUCAAGUAUGGAGGCAUAAUCAGGGACUGGAAAACUACAUGA